AUGUCGACAGACUUCCAGCCUUUCCUCGACUUCCACAAUUGGGUGGGUAAAAAGGCCAAUCACGUUGAAGGUACCGAUUGUCUAGGUCUUGGUACAGAUAGACUAGGCAACGGUGCAAAGUACAUUCCUCUCGCUACGUUGGAGCAAUAUUGGCAAGACCACCCGAUUUUUCAUAUUCUGAAUUCAUGCAGAGAUGAAAAGCCAAUUCAUGUGUCCAUUGAGGACAUCCUGACGAGAUUUUUGCGGAUUUUCUCGAUUCUCGUCUACAUAUCUACCCCCGGAAAUAUAAAGCUCCAUUACAUCAAGAGCUUCACGGUGGAAGAUAUCAACGACACUCGUCUUCCUUUCAAGACCAAGCCAGAAGCACUCUCCGAUGCAGUUGAUGGAAUCCACACGUUCGAACACUUUCAACAGAAUCAAUGGCUCUUCUCCCCAGUUGCUCUUGGCCCCAAUACUUUGCAGUCAAAGGACUUACUGCCUCAGAGUGUAUUGCCUUUCACUGUCAAAGAGGUACUUGCUGGCGGGAAAGGCGAGGACACAACUGUCAAGAAGUGCGAAGUCCACCCAUCCUGUGGCCUCCCAGCUGACACAAUUGUCCUUAAAGAGUUCGAAUCCUCAGAAAUAGAGUAUUCAUUCAAGAACGAGGUGGAUUCCUAUAUUACCCUCAAGAACAACGUUCCUCCAGAGAUAUACGAGCAGCACUUUCUGAAAUACCAUGGGUCGUUCAAGAAGGCGGAUAAAGCAUUUAUCAUGCUUGAGUAUACCGAUCAAGGGAGCUUGUGGGACUUUUUCAAACAGAAUGAGUGGCCACUGGAACGACAUGAACUUUACAACUUGUGGUCAAGCCUCAGCAACCUAUUCGUCGGGCUCGAACACAUUCACAGUCUCGAACGGAGCUCCAGGAACAGAAAUGAGGGCACCAUUCGAUGUGUGCAUCAAGACCUGAAGCCUGCCAACAUCUUUGUGUUCAGACAAGGUGACAAGGCAUCAUACCGUUAUAAUUUCAAGAUUGGGGACUUCGGGAUGAGCAGCAUAGCCCUGGUCAGGAGCACGAAUAAAUCAGUCAGGGGCCCGGACAACGACAGCACGAGAAUGUAUGGGGCCCCAGAACUGACCAACCACUACCCACAGCUGGCUAGUAUUGAUUACGGUGCCUUGUGGGACAUAGACAUUUGGUCCAUGGGCUGCGUGCUCUUCGAAGUCUUGGUCUGGACAACAUGUGGAUUUAGGGGACUAUCCGAGUUCUUCCGAAUGCGGCAGCGCGAAACUGCAGUUGAUCCGAAGCAUGCAUCCCAAGGAUAUUCUGGCUGCUUUCACAAUGGCGAGACCCGGAUUCAGGCCGUCGACAUCAUGUUUGGCAUCGUCAAGCGAAGAAAAAGAGUCUUCGACGAUUUGUCGGAUUCCAUUGGCAAACUAAUCCUGAAAGAAAUGCUCAGACCCAGCAAGAAAAGCAGGUUAGAAGCCAAGACCUUGCUACAUCGUUUCGAGGAAGUUCUAGAAUCUGGAAAUCAACAACCGGAUCCCUCAGCAACAUCAAUCCAGCGUUCCGACAGAGGAAUUCCCCAGAGGUCUAGUUCAGUGAGAGAUGAGCCACACUUGGAAGGACUUCCAGCUCAGCCAGAUGUCGAAGAUCAUCGGCUCUUACAGAAUCCCCCACCUGAUGGUGACCGGUCACAUAGUGGGCAUCUCUUGCAUGGCUCGCCAGAUGUGGCCUCAGGGAGCAACGCCAUGCGUCCCGAGCCAUACGCUCGAGUCACCAUUUCCCAGGUACUCCAGUGGAUGACCGAUAAGAAGAAAAACGGCUGGGCGCCCGAGGCACUGUGCGAUCAUGAACGAGCCCUGAGGGAAAUCAACGGUCGCGAACAGAUAUUCGUUGUCGAUGACUCGAGCACGAUGAGGAGGCAUCAUUGGGAUCAGGUGGUCAAGGUGGUACAUGCCCUCGGAUACCUAGUGAAGCAUGCUGAUCCAGACGGAGUCGAGCUGUUCUUUACUUCUCGGCCCACAAAGGCCAAGAAGAGUGGCGCAAAAGAAAUCACCUCUCUCGUUCGCUCCCUUGAAGAGCAUGGACGAAAGCGACCCGAGGGCCCUUGCAACAUGGAGAACAGCCUCGACCCGAUAUUGGAACACGUUAAGAGUGGCCUGACGAAAGGAUCCGUGUUCCGCCAGCAGAAAGAUCGUCGUGGGAUAAGUGUGUAUAUCCUAACUGACGCAAUCUGGCAGGGAGGUACAGAAGUACGAUGCGGGGUGGAAGAACCGAUCAAGAACUUGAGCAGGACAAUGCAAGAACUCGGUAAAAAUAGGACAACUGUCGCCCUGCAGUUUAUCCAAUUCGGCAACGAUUUGCUCGGGGAGAAAAGACUUCGGUACCUGGACGACACUUUGGGAAGCCAACUCGACUUUGACAUUGUUGAUCACAGACACUGUGAACGAGACGGAGUUUGGCACAUGCUCGUGGGAAGCAUCAGCCGCGACCUUGACAAAGACAACAACGUUGGAAGCCAAGCCACCAUCAGCUAA